GGGAUUCGUGCGAUGAAAAUGUAACCUAAUAGUACCAUGCUUGGUAACUAUAUGUACACCCAGCACGUACAAUAUAUUUGAAGGAAUAUUACCUAAUUUCUUGCCGUCCUCGGAGCGUACGGCUGUUGCAUUCAACAUUGAAAUCAACGCACGUUUCUCGUGACAGUUGUCACAGAAUAGAAGUCCGAGCGAGGACGAGUGAUAAUGGCAGCGUUAUUUCGAAUGAAUUGCGUGCAAGGUUUGCGCAAAGGGUUAGCACUGACGGCACGCAGGGAAACAGUUUGUCGCAGGAUAACGACGACACCGAGAUACGAUAAGGAGGAGACUCAACCUGUCAAGAAAAAAUGGGUGAGUUACGGCUUCAGUGAAAAGGAUGAGGCCGAGGACAUUCAUGCCUUACAUCAGACCAUGUUUGUGACCGUGACCCUAUGCAUCGUAUUAGGAGCCACUAUUGUGGCUUAUUUACCUGACUCAAAAGGCACAGAUUGGGCACAGCGAGAAGCUUACCUGCAACUUCGUUACAAAGAGGAGCACGGGCUUCCACGCAUUGAUCCCAAUGUAGUCGAUCCGUCUAAAAUAUACCUACCAAGCGAUGAGGAAUUAGGUGACAUGGAAAUUAUUAUUUAAGAGAUGUGAUGAUGAUGACGACAACGAGAUUGGGAAUUCUAUCUGAACUCUGAGUGUCGUUCCUGUUCUCUGUAUCUGUAACAGCCUAGUACUUGUUAUAAUAAUGUUAUCUAAAGGUGAUUAAUAAAAAAUACUGCUUUUGCAGAUUGAAA